AUGCAGCCGAUUACGCAAUAUGUAAAUCCAUUUUUAGAGCUGCCGAUAUGGAACUACGACGGGAGCUCGACCUACCAGGCGGAGGGGAGCAACUCUGACAUCUACCUUUAUCCCUGCGCCGUCUACGCUGAUCCGUUCCUCCAGGGGAACAACAAGCUCGUGCUCUGCGACACGUACAAGUACAACAGGAAGCCCACAGAGUCGAACAAGCGACACAUCUGCAAGACCGUGAUGGAGCGGGCGAAGGACCAGGAGCCCUGGUUCGGGAUCGAGCAGGAGUACACGCUGUUGGACGACGACAUGCACCCGUUCGGGUGGCCGAAGAACGGCUUCCCGGGGCCGCAGGGUCCCUACUACUGCGGAGUCGGGGCCAAUAAGGUGUACGGGAGGGACGUGGUGGAGGCGCACUAUCGGGCGUGCUUGUACGCCGGGGUGGAGAUCUGCGGGUCCAAUGCCGAAGUCAUGCCGGCUCAGUGGGAGUUCCAGAUCGGUCCGUGCGAAGGGAUCCGAAUGGGUGACGAUCUCUGGAUGGGGCGGUUCCUCCUCCACCGGGUGGCGGAGGACUUCGGGAUCGUGGUGUCGCUGGACCCGAAGCCCAUGCAAGGGGAUUGGAACGGGGCGGGGGCGCAUACUAACUUCUCCACCGCGGCCAUGAGGGAGGAGAAUGGGAUCGCGGAAAUCGAGAAGGCGAUCGAUAAGUUGUCUCGACAUCACAUUCGUCACAUCAAGGCGUACGAUCCGCACGAGGGGAAGGAUAACGAGCGGCGGCUGACGGGGCUGCACGAGACCUCGUCCAUCCACGACUUCUCUGCAGGUGUGGCGAAUCGCGGCACGAGCAUCCGGAUCCCACGGACGGUGGCCGAAGAGAAGAAAGGCUACCUGGAGGAUCGGCGACCGUCUUCCAAUUGCGACCCGUACUCUGUCACCGAGGUCAUCGUUCGCACUGUGUGUCUGGAUGAGUAGGAGGGAGAUUCUUUCCCCCCCCCCCCUUUUUUUUUGUCCUUCCGUUGCAUUCAGUAUUGAGCAAGGGGGGUUUUUGUGCAUAAUUAUACAAAUAUACAAAUGGGUUCGUUUUAUGAAUUCGGCGGGGGACGCGGUGGUUACUCCGGUAAGAUAUACUUUUAGAUGCAGAAAACCACGGAGAUGCGCAGGGAACUUCCCCCUCUUUUUCGUGUAAUUAUUUUCAUUUCGUCGCUGAGGGCGAUCGUCAGUCGCCGUUUUGGGUAAUGAAUAUUCCGCCUGCGAUCUCCGAUUUUAAGGAUGGUGUGAAAGCAUGUGACUGUGACCUGUGACUGGAAUUUGUGAUUGAUUAUCCUCCCUUUUUUAUUACUCUUGGAUGCACUGUCUGCCGUCGAAGAAUAAAUUUAAAUGAUUUCAGGCA